GAGCGAUUGAUUCUUGAAGGCUGUGUAAAACUUAUUAAGGUUCAUCCAUCCCCGGGACAACAUAAGAAAAUUAAUAUGGUGAGUUUGAAAGAUUGCAAAAAUCUUAAAGCUCUACCUAGUAGACUGGAAAUGGAUUCUUUGAGAAAAUUGAUUCUCUCUGGCUGCUCAAAAUUUAGAAAGCUUCCUGAGUUUGGGGAAAACAUGGAGUACUUAUCAAUAAUUGAGUUGAAAGAUUGCAAAAAUCUUGCAUGCCUUCCAGAUUCUAUUAGUAACUUAAAGUCUCUUAAAAGUCUCAAUAUAGAUGGCUGUGCAAAAUUUCAAUCAUUGCCAAAUAAUUUGGAUGAAAACGAAGGUAUAGAAGAGUUGGAUGUGAGUGGAACUGCUAUAACAUCAAUACCUUCAUGCAUUGUUGGUUUGAAACAUUUAAGUAAGCUAUAUGUAGAUGGAUGCAAUGGUUCUUCAUCAAACUCAUCACGAAACCUACUCUCCCUAAUUUCAAGAACACUUGGAUUCACAGGUUCUGAAGCUCCUAUAAGGUUGACAAUUCCUCCUUCUAUCUUUAGCUUAUCCUCACUAAGAAAAUUAAGGUUAAGGAAUUGCAAUCUUAAAGCUGGAUCAAUUCCGGAUGAUCUUGGCUGCUUCUCAUCUUUACAAGAACUUGAUCUUAGUGGGAACAACUUUGGCUACCUUCCUGCUGGAAGUUUGGUUUUUCCUCCUUCAUUAUUCUCAAGUUUAUCAUCAUUGAAAGAACUGAAUUUGCAAGACUGUAAUCUCAGUGAUGGUUCAAUCCCUGAUGAUCUUAGUUCAUUAUCAUCCUUGUUUCGCUUAAAUCUAUCCAGAAAUAAUUUUACUAAGCUACCUUAUGGCCUUGUCUCUAAUCUGUUGAGUCUUCACUCUCUAGAUUUGAAUCACUGCAAGAGGCUCUUGUCAUUUCCAGAUGUUCCACCGAAUGUGUCAUUUAUAAAUGCAAUUUGUUGUCAUCCCUCAAUGGAACACUUUUCAGAGGUAUUGUGGAAGUUCCUUUCAUCAUCUUAUUUGAGAUAUAUCCCAAGAGAAUUGCUUGUUCCAGGGAAUGAAAUUCCAUCAUGGUUCCAUAAUCAAAACUUUGAUUUUCUUCAUGAAUUUAAGUAUUGUGGCUGGGGAAUUAGACGAAGUCGUAUGCUAGAGGACGAGGUUGAUAAAACGAAUAAUCUUGUUGAUUGCAUUAUAUCAAUAAAAAUAGACAUCUCUCGUUUUCGUUGUUCGAACAAAAAGUGGGGAGUUUCUCUAUGUCUUGUAGUACAAGGCACAAUGCCAUCAAACUGUAGAAACCCAUACAACUCUGUUUAUAUUUCAAUUUUUGUAACUCCUGAAUCAAAUGAUUCAUGGUUUGAAACAAGAUGGAAGCUGGAUCUAGAGGGCAAUCAACCUCAUCUUUUCAUCUUUUUCCUUACUCCUAGUGGCUUGCAAUAUGGUCGUGGGGAACUACAUACAGACGAACUUAGGUUGACAUUGAUGACACGUAGAACGACCAUUUGGAGUGUUAAUGGGCAUGAAGCGAAAAAAGACGAUAGUAAAAGUGGAAGACGAGGUUCAUUUUCAAUAAAAAAGUGUGGGUGGCGUUUGGCAAGCCAGGAAGAAUUAGGAGAAUAUGUUGAAGAGUGGCAGAGAAAAAUGAGUGAAUGCAGUUCCACAAGUCAUCAAGAACUUGGAGAAGACGAUGCUGUUUGAUCAACCUUUGUAUGUGAAAAGUAGAGUUGGUUGUUGCUGUAUUCAAAAUCAAUCAGUUUAAGUGGGAAGCACAGAGUACUCAUCAUACAAUCCAAAGCUGAUUAAGAAGAUCACCGACAUCAAAAGGAUAAUUUGCCACUGCCUUUGACGAUGAAACAGAACAACAGGCUCAAGUAGUUCUUCCAAAAUGGCAUGGACUCUGCAAAUAAUAUUCAAAGUUGAUUGGGAGCUCGCUGACACCACAUGGAAAUUUUGCCACAGCCUUUGAUGCUGAAACAUCACAACACAUUCCCUUAUUUACUCAAAAUUGGUAACUCAACAUCUUCCUUUUAUGCACGUGUGCUAAACCUUAAAAUUUCGUUGGUCUUCAAAAUGUUAAUAUCAAUGCCAUU